AUGUUGAAGCUGGGUUCUGUAAUAUACUCAGCUGUGAAGCCAAUCUUCAAGAUAUACAUGAUCAUGGGGUGCGGGUUUUACUUCGCCCGCAAGAACGUACUAUCAGUGGAUACUGGUAAGAAUAUUUCUGAUAUGAUUAUAACUCUAAUCUUGCCCUGUCUUGCGUUCAGCAAGAUCGUCAACAAUAUUGACAACUCAGACAUCAAGGAAAUUGGUAUUAUAGUACUAGCAAGUGUUGUGUUGUACGGCUUUGGAUAUUUGGGUUCCUUUUUUGUCUCGUUGUUGCCAUUUUUCCCCAAAGGCCGAUGUGAAGGAACAUGCCUUUCUGUAGGAGGAUUCCCCAAUAUUAGUGACCUUCCAAUCGCUUAUAUUCAGACACUUUCUUCGGGAUUGGUAUUUUCCGAAGCGGAAGGAGAAAAAGGGGUUGCAUACAUUUGCAUUUUUCUUGCUGUCCAACUGAUAUGCCAGUUUAACUUAGGAGGCUAUCGGUUGAUUCAACGAGACUUCAAAAAUUUCACUCCUACAGAUACAGCCUCUUUAUCUGGAACUGAAGGCGAUCAUAAGUUUGAGGAAGUUAAAAGCAUCACUCCCUCCAAGACUCAGACCCGAAAUAGCGUAUCACUACCACCCACGCUUAGGCCAAUGCCAACUAUUCAAGAUGAGCAGUCAAUUGAUUCCCAAAUUGAUCCCAGCGUGACAAGCAAUAGUGAUGAACUAUCCAGCACGUCAGCUUAUGCAGAACCACAGAAUCCAGCUCCCCUGGUUCGUGAGAACACAAGUGAUAUUCAUCGCAGAGGCUCAAUCAUCUCCAGAAGUAACAGGUCUCAAACCUCGUUGGUAUCUAACUUGGAGCUUCGAUCCAUGCCCUCACAGAAUUUAAGAGAUUUGGUCAAAUACUAUUCGCAUGCAGAAGAGGAUGCGACUGGACCCAUGGAGAGGCCACCUGUUGAUGCAGAGUCAAACCAGCCAGCUAGUAAAUCUACAUGGCAUCAGUUCCUUCAUGGGUUCAAGAAAUUCCUAUUUGAGCUUAUAGAUAACUGUCGUAGGCCUGCUUCCAUUGGAAUCAUCGCUGCCAUUAUCAUCUCUAUGAUUCCCUGGGUUAGAGCAUUAUUCGUUCUGAAUGACCAGGCUUUCGUGGAUAACGCUCCUGAUCAGCUCCCACCAUUAUCAUUUGUAAUGGAUUUUGUUAAUUACAUUGCAGAUGCUUGCGUUCCUCUUGGUUUACUAAUGUUGGGUGCGACAAUAGCACGUUUGCAGUUUAAUGGUUUACCCAAAGGCCUCUGGAAAGUUCCAUUGCUGCUGACUAUUCUCAGACUUAUAAUAUUGCCUAUAUUAGGUGUGCUGGUACUAACCAAAUGGCAACACAACGGAUGGUUUGAUGACAACAAAAUUCUUGAAUUUGUUUGUGCAAUCAAUUUUGGGUUGCCUCCGGCAACAUCACUAAUUUACCUCUGUGCAUUUUAUACUCCUCCAGGCUAUCCGCAUACGAUACAAGUGGACAUUUUAGCAUUGUGUUACAUAUUCCAUUAUUCUGCUAUAGUGAUCAGUUUACCAUUUUUGACUACUUAUGUUCUCAAAGUAUCCUUGAAGCUUUAA